UCCAUCCAGACUCUCAGAAGGCUGCUCUUUGCAGAUCUGCCUGGAAGGGGAGUCACAGUCCAGAGUCCUCGGCGCCGCUGAGAAUAAAGACCGGGAGGCGGCCGGGUUCUGGAGGCGGGGCCUCAGCCGGGGACAGUGGUUGCACCUGCUGAAGUCCCGCCCACAAGUUUCGGGUGCAGUUUCUCGUCUUACCGUCAGGGGGAAGGGAGCCUGCUUGACCGCAAAUAAUAAUAGCUAACGUUGAGUGCGCUGCGCAUGCCAGCCUUCCUCUCGCUGCUCAGCAGCCCAAACACUGCGAGGUAGGUAGGUGGCUCUAGUGUUUCCCACGCUACAGAGGAAGCACGAGGAGGCCAGCUGGGGUUCCCACUUGGGGCCAGAGCAGAGAUUUAAAUAGAUUUUAAACCACCGCUCCUAGAAGGGACGAAGCCUUCUUUAUUUAUUCUUAGGGGGUUUUGUUUGUUUCGUUUUUGUUUUUCCCGACACGGUCUCGCUGUUUAGUCCUGGAAAUCACUAUGUAGACCAGGCUGAUCUGGAACUCAUAGAGAUUCACCUGCUUCUGCUUGGAUUUAAGGCGUGUGCCUCGACAGUGGGUGUCGUAGGGCACUCCAGCAAGUGGACCCCAGCUUCAGCUGUAUGCCCAUUUGUUGUUGUUGUUACUGAUGUUUUGAGUCAGGGUCUCACUCUGCAGGCCUCGAGCGUGCCGCAGUUCAGCUUCAGACUCCCAGUGGCUGGGAUGUAAUCGCAUGCCACCAUAUCGUAUGCGGUUCAUGACUACCUUUUACCCAAAGAUGCAUCUACCCAUAUCAUAUGCGGUUCAUGACUACCUUUUACCCAAAGAUGCAUCCAGAGGUUAUGUGGUUCACACCCAGGCUGCGCCCAUACAUGUGUGGUGAGCAGGCGAGAGUUGCACGCAGCCCCCUUCUACCAGAUGUUUCCACGCACAGGUGUUUCUUUGUGUGUGCCAUGGGGACACAGGUGCUUUCUUGGACACUUCCCUGACAGAUGAACCUCAUACACAAUAAACCAGUUUGUGGAGCCCCCUCUGCGGAUGUCCUUCAGUGAGAAUGGAAGGCCUUCAAGAACGAAAUUCUGCACAGGCGCUUUGUCCAGGUGUCUUUUUCACACAGGGGUUCACAGAGCUGCUUAGCCUGGCCUUGAACUUGGAUCCUCCUGCCUCAGCCUCCUGAAUACCUGCAUCACCAGGCCUGACUUCAGGUUUGAAUUCUUCAGCCGGCCCCUUACAGGUGCUCCCGCGGUGCGGCCCCGCCCCCUCGGCCCCGCCCCUCUCAGCCAGGCUCAGGUGCACAAGCCGGAAGUGCGCUCCCUGCCUAGGUUCCGAGUCGCAGGUGCCCUCCUCGACCCAAGAUGCGAUAGGAAUUGGAGCCCUGGGGAAGUCCUGCCCUUGGCGCCACCAACUCAUCGUCCAAGCUCAUGGCGACCCCAGGCCUGGGGCUGCUCCUGGCAGUUGGUCUGCCGAUGCUGCCCGCCGGUUGGAGCCAAGCGCCCACAGCCCCGGACCCUUUCAAUAGCACGACUCCAUCCCCAGACCCUGAUUCCAGUGGGGGCCUGUCUUCAGAGGGCGUUGUAGCCAUCGCUGUGGUCUUUUCCAUCCUGGGAGUCAUCCUCCUAGCGGUGGGACUGUUCCUGCUGAUGCGGAAACUUCGAGAAAAACGCCAGACAGAGGGCACCUACCGGCCCAGCAGUGAGGAGCAGUUUUCCCAGGCAUCAGCUGAGGCCCGGGCCCCCCAGGACUCCAAGGAGCCAGUGCGGGGCUGCCUGCCCAUCUAGCUCCUUCCCCCUCCUCCCCUGUCACCCACCUUCCCUACCUUGCUGUGUGACCUUGGGGGAAGGCAGCACCCUCUGGGCGAUCAAACUCACCCAAUGCUUAAAGAUAGAAGGAAAGAAAGUUCUUCAAAGACCUUGACUUUGAGGGAAAGGGAGGAUGGGGCUGCUCACUUUUUAUAUAUUUAUGUGAAAUUAAUAGUAAGGUAUAAUAAAGCGUUUG